CAGUGAUCAAAAAAGUUUUUGAAAAAUUUAACAGUGUAAAAUCACAGAGUCUUAUGUCAACAAAAACAUUAACAACAAAAAAUAGAUCUACAACAUCACAAUCUAACAACUUGUCUACAGGAACAUCAUUACAAAUAAUAAUGUCAUUGAAUGAAGAAAACUUAUCAGAUAUUGUGGUUGAAAUUUGUAAACUAGAAUCUGAAGUUCAAAGACAGUUUUCACAAAUUGAUACAAAAAAUACUCAGAUUGCUGUUUUAAAUAGUUGGUGUAAAAAGGCAACAGAAUUGAUCAUUAAAGUCAAUCAGUUGUUAAAAAGAUUAGAUGAAUUUUUUGAGAAACAUGUAGAGAACAAAAGAAGUCUAAAAACAUUUUCCAAUAUGCAAUUUUAUUCCGUUAAUAAUCAAGAAUCAGAAAAUGCAUUGUGUUUGAGCAACAUUUGUGAUACAUUUGAGGCAAUUGGCAUUUGUUUGAGUUUGCAAUAUUCAGAUCUAGAAAAGUUUUGGAAAGUAAAUGACAAAAAAUGUGUCAGAAAUGUUCAAAGUUUAUUGCAAAAUCACAAACCCAGUUCUCUUUAUCAUGCAUACAUUACUAAUAUACAAGAAUCUAUGUUCAAGCUUAAAGAAAUUACUAGAAGAAUCAAUUGGGAGGCGGAUACACUAAAUCUUAUGUUAAGAUAUGAAACUGGAAAAUUACAUGACAUUGCUGAUCAACAUGUAAUACUUCAUACAAUGAAGAAGCUUAUUCAGGAAGGACAAAUGGUGCAUUACAACACAUUUUUAGCAUGUGAAAAUGCUGAUAAUCAAACUUGGUAUUUGAAAAAAAAGUUAGAUUAUGCAAACAAAAAAAUUAUUCAUAUUUUGGGAAAUUUUCCUGAAGAUAAAAAAGAAAAAUUGAGGUGCUUACUACAUCUUAAACAAGCAAUUAGUUCACAUAAUGCUGAAGAGACUGUUUUAUGUGAAAACUAUUUGCAAUACAAAAUGGAGAAAAUGGAUAAACAGAAUGCAAUUCUAAAUAUGGAAAAUAAAUACCAUAUGAUUGAAAAAUUUGAAGAGACAGUGUUGUUAAAGCAAGGUAUUAUUAAAAAGAUUAUUCAAAGUAUUGGUCUAGGAAAAUCGAAACUUAAACACCAACAAGUUGAUUUGAUAAAUGAAACCCAGAAAAAAAUUAUUAUGAUGAAGAAUGAGUUUGAACAUCACCUGAAUAAAUUUCAAGAGUUACAAAGACAAGAGCUGGAUUUAUUCUUAAAAAUUAGUAUGAAAAACUUGCAGUUUUCUAAAUCGGGUGAUAAAAAAGUUGUGAAUCUUUCUAUUCAUCGAUUAAAUCCACAGUUCAAGCAGCCUUGCGAUGUUCUGUUAAAAAGUAUAUUUACAACUUAUAAUAUGCCUCCCUAUUGUUCUCCUGAUUGUAUUUUGGAAAACAUUUUAAAGUCAACUAAAAAAGAGUUGUAUCCAAUGGACAUUUUUUUAUUGAAAGAUUUAUUCAAAGACUUUAAUGAUGUAAUCAAAAAACUAAUGAUGUAUCAAAGAAAUUCCACUGCACUCUCAUCUCUUAAUCUAAGCCUAGAAAAAGGAAAACAAAUCACUAAAGAUUGCUCAGUAUUUGAAAAUGCAGUUUAUUCAUGGUGGUAUCAACCUGGUCAAGAACUUGUUCCUUGGAUUCGAGAAGACGGAUUUAAUUUAAAUUAUUACAUCAGUAGAUUUAUUGAAAAUGUUGCAAAGUGUAAAAAUAAUUUGUAGUGAAUUGAAAUUAAAAAUGAUAUAAUAAAUCUAUAAAGUGGUAUUGUAAAAUGAAAUUAUGUGCGUGGAUUUAAUGAUAAUAAUGUAUUAGUGGUGACACUAAGAACAACGUA